UAAGUAUUAUUGUUAUUAAUGAAUACUGUUUUAUUUUUAGAAAUGCUAACUACCUAGUUAAUAAGGUAGCUCGCUAGCUAGCUAACCAAUAAAUGCGCGAUGCAAGAUUACAGUCUAGUUACAUACACUAGAUAUAGCUAUCUGUCUAAGGAUAUAAGGGUCAAUUUUAUAAUCACCGUCGGUGGUCUUUCUCUACUUUCAAAUCAAUAUGGACUAGCUAGCUUGGUCGCUGUUUAACUAAUGUAUAUCUGCCAACACCAUGGACAGAGAGACUUUUCAUACGUGUUGCAGUCUGGUUAAAAUCCCCAGGCAAUCGUAUGAACAGUUCUGUUCCUCGCACUUCGUGGACUACAUAGAGAAGAAGGAUUUCAGCUAUUCGAGAUUCUUCAAGAAUUACUUGCUUCCAAACCACCCGUGUGUAUUUUCGAGGAGGUUCACGGAAGACUGGAAUUGCCGGAAGUACUGGGUGACUGAGGACGGGAAACCAAAUUUCCAACGGCUCCUGCACGAUUUCGAAGACACCCCAGUUCCAGUCGCAAAUUGCAAUGCAAGAGAAUACAAUGCCAAUCCCAAGCAAAUACUUCCCUUUAAGGAAUUUAUCAGCUACUGGAGGGAGUACAUCCAGAACGGACACUCCUCACCAAAGGGCUGCCUGUAUCUGAAGGACUGGCACAUGCAGAGGGAGUUCCCUGAACACAAUGUUUACAGCACGCCUGUGUUCUUCUCAUCGGAUUGGCUGAAUGAGUACUGGGACUCUAUUGAAGUGGACGACUACCGCUUUGUUUACAUGGGACCCAAAGGCUCAUGGACUCCCUUCCACGCGGACGUCUUCCGCUCCUACAGCUGGUCGGCCAACAUCUGCGGCAGGAAGAAGUGGCUCCUGUACCCGCCGGGCCAGGAGGAGCACCUGCGCGACUGCCACGGCAACCUGGCGUACGACGUCACCGCGCCCGUCCUCCAGGACAAGGGGCAGUACCCGCGCCGCGCCGAGGCCUGCCAGCCGCUCGAGAUCAUCCAGGAGGCGGGGGAGAUCAUCUUCGUGCCCAGCGGUUGGCAUCACCAGGUCUACAACCUGGAAGACACCAUCUCCAUCAACCACAACUGGCUGAAUGGCUGUAACCUGGACAUUAUGUGGCAGUUCCUGCAAGGGGAGCUGUCUGCAGUCCAGAGGGAGAUCAGUGAAUGGAGAGACACCAUGGACACCUGGCACCAGCACUGCCAGGUGAUCAUGAAGUCGUGCACAGGGAUAGACUACGGCGAGUUCGCCUCCUUCCUGAGGAUCAUCGCCAACAACCGGCUGUCCUUCCUCAGCACCUGCUCGGGCUCCUCCUCCUCCUCCUCGUGCCCUCGCCAGCUGUCCGAGAGCCUGGCGGCCCUGGGCCCGCACCACGCCGCCUUCGACCUGCAGAGGGUGGCGCACAUCCUGGAGUGCAUGCUUAGCAACGAGGACUUCCUGCGGCUGGACCCCGCCUCCCUGAGCUCGCAGCCCGAGGGCCUGCUUCAGCAGAUCCGCGACGCCAUGCGCUCCGCGCUCUGACGCAACCCCCCCGCUCCGCACCUGUCCAGGACGGGGGCCGUUUACCCCCCUCCGCCCAGGCUGACAAUGCAUUUAAUGCUGCCCAUUGAUUCACGCUACAAGACAAAACAGCACCUUUUCAGACACUAUAAGUUGUUUUCAGUCGCUCACCAUAGCAGCAAUGCCCAGUGUAUUUAGUGUUGCUCAUUUAUUCACACUUCAAUCCAAAACCACACCUUCUCAGACACAAUAAGAUGUUUUCCAUCACUCACCACAGCAACAAACUGUCACAGUUUUGGCAUCCAUCGUGUUAAAUACACAGUAAGUACUGUAAUUACCAUGUAUAAUGUCAAAUCAUGUACCAUCAGUAUUAUUAGGCUAUGUUAAUGAACAUUGGUUGAUAUGGCAACACAGUUUGGCAGCAAAUUCUACACUGGAACUGUUUUUUGUUCCCUAUUAGAUAUUUAAUUGCUUAAUUGGAAGUAGUGGACAGGAGCUACACCAGUCCAGUCCAGUUAAUGUUUACAUUGUUCUGCAGACAAAACUGAAGGUGCUAUGCAGGCUGUGAUAUUAGCAGGGUUCCUUUAACAGAGAAGCCUGCGGUAAGUUAUUUUCACUUCCAAAAAAGUUGGGAAGGCAUGUAUUGUCUGAGUUCAUUUGAACCAGAUUCAUUCUGUCCCUUGAAUACCAAUGUGGCCUGUUCCUGCUUCGAACAAAUAAUUUACGCUUGUUGCUUUUCAUGCCAAACUAUGCUUCAGGAGCAGAAGAGACAAUCAUUUCUGUCGCCAUCUCACCACUCAAUAGUUAACCAAUCGCCUUCUUUUACUUUAUUGUUUCUACUUUAACUGUUGUAAUGAGUGCAUCAUUUGUGGGUUAGUAGCUUGUGAGCUCUCCAGUAGUAUUUAUUUAAACCAAUGCGUGAUGUUCAUUUCUAAUAUGGUUUCAUACUUCAUCUCAGUAUUUCCUGCAGCAUGUAGCUUUUAGCUGGGCCAUUUGUGAUUAUUCCAGUUUACAAUACACACCGCUUACUAAUGCAUUUACAGAAAGUGUGGCAGUCUUGCAAUGUUAUUUUUGUGGUUUAUAAUAAUUAACAUUUAAUCUUAGAGAAAGUGCCCAUCAUCUGCUUCACUUUUCUCCAGGUACAGUCAUAUUCAAACUAAAACACAUUUUAAGUCAAAUACAUUUUAAUAUACAGUCUAAAUAUCUGGGGAAUCCAUUGAGAUGAUGUUAUCUCAGUUCAGUUCAGAGUUCUCAGUUCUCAGCUUGAGUCAUAUAGUUAAUAUAAAAUCCUUUUGCAUUUACUGCAUAAUGAAGGGUUAUUUAUGUUAAGAAGUGAACACAGAAAAGUUCAUUUUACUGUUCUAUGGUAUGGUAUAUCUAUGGAAUGGGGUUGUAGCCCAUGGCAAAUAGGUUGACCCUACACUGUGCGAAGACAUAGUUAUAGCUGUGAUCAAAGGCAGGAAUGUUGAUGUAAAAUAACUCAUUUUGCCACUGCCAUUUUUGCUAGUGUUUUUCACCUUUUGCUUGGAAUGGCAAAGAGCAUGAAAGUGAAAUAAAGCUCUGGACAUGCCAUUUGCGUCCUGCUCUCAUUGGAUUGGUCCAUACAGACCAGGUUAAAAUCAUCCU